AAAGAAUUCACAAAUGUAGUUUGGCAUGAUGAUCAAGACGAACAAAUCUGCUGCAAUAGUUGUAGUGAGGUGUUUGUCCAUCUUAACACGAAUCUACCGGUUAAUUUUCUGUGAAAGAAUUAAACAAUAUGGCACUCUGUUGUUUAUGUGAAUUAAUGCUUUAUAUAGUCGUGUUAGCACUAACUGUUGUUGUAGGUUCUAUUGUUUUCAUUUAUUUCAACUCUGAACGGUAUCCCAGUCUAUUAUUUCACAGCACCGAGAAAACUUUUUAUCACUCCCCAGACCAGGAGGCAUCCACCAAAUUUCCAAGUUUAAAAGAUGAAUCAUCAGUGGACCUCACAAUUGUCGUUCCAGCUUAUAAUGAAGAGAAGAGACUGCCAGUUAUGUUAGACGAAGCUUUAGAAUAUCUUGAAAAUAGAAAGAAAACCUCAAAAUUUACCUAUGAAAUAGUCAUUGUUGAUGAUGGUAGCAAGGACGCAACAUCUAAAGUUGGCUUAAAAUAUUCACAAAAAUAUGGAACCAACAAAGUCCGUGUUAUGACACUUAAUAAAAAUCGUGGAAAAGGAGGAGCAGUUCGUCAGGGCAUGUUGGUUGGACGGGGUAAAAUACUUUUAUUCGCAGAUGCAGAUGGGGCAAGUAAAUUCUCGGAUGUAGAAAAAUUAGAAGAAGAAUUGAAAAAAAUUUGUGAAAAUGGUUUGGCAGUUGUUUGUGGAUCAAGAGCUCAUUUAGAAGAAGAGUCUAUUGCACAUCGAUCAAUUAUUCGUACAUUCCUAAUGCAUGGUUUUCAUUUCCUCGUCUCUUUUUUAUGUGUUCGUGGGGUUAGAGACACUCAAUGUGGCUUUAAGCUUUUAUCAAGACAGGCGGCUGAUGUUUUAUUUUCUAACUUACAUGUUAAUCGAUGGGCAUUUGAUGUUGAUUUAUUAUAUCUGGCUCAGUUUUUUAGGGUGCCAAUCGGUGAAGUAGCUGUAAAAUGGGAAGAAAUUGAAGGAUCAAAGAUGGUGCCUGUAUUGAGUUGGAUAGAAAUGGGACUAGACAUUUUAUUAAUAAGAUUACGAUAUUUAAUAGGUGCCUGGAAAAUUCGAGAUUUAAAAUCCAUGGAAUAAACGCUUAAAGGAGCUAAAUCGCUAAUAUUAGGGACCUAGAAAUUGACACAAAUGGGUUGCAACACAUAUAAUAAUGUAAUAUGAAUGUAUAUAAACUGAUUUACAUUCAAUCUUUUCCGUUUUUACUCUUAAUUUCAAAUCAGUUAUGUUCGGCGAAAUAUACGCCAGAAGUGUCAAUCGAAUGGCUAUCUCUAGCGCCUGGUUGUUCCAGUCGACACCGAUAGUAUUUAUUGCGCGUGCUCGCCAGAUAAGAAUAUGGCUUCACCGAUUGACAUGACUUGUGGAAUUAUAUGUCUAGCCUCGUUCUUCGAGUUCCCUAUUACAAAUGGCACUGAAACCCAUUAUGGUACACAAAUCGUGUACCAAUGGUAAAAUGUUUAUGUUGUCUUAAAUAUUGGAUAUCAGAAGCCCAUCUUUUCAAGAUGCGAUAACAACACCAAUGUUGAUUUAAAUUGACAAAUAAUUCGUGUUUUCGAUGUCGAAGACUUUGGAUGAUACUGAGUUAGAGACUUAGCUACUUUAAAAUAUGUAUAGGCACAUACAUGUAUUUUAAGCAAUGGACCAACAGUUAUUGAAGAUGUCAACUGAGGUCUCACUAUUUAAUAUUUAUAUUGCAUUGGUUUCAUGGGAUAUACAUUAAUAUAACUAUAUUUAUUUUUAGGUAAUCAUUAGGCUAUACUUCACCUAGGAGUAUGGAGUAAUUGAACAUAAAAAUACAAAUAGGCCACUCUAAAUAAAUUAGUAGGUAAUCGGCCUUGUCUGCCCAGCUUCUACCAGACCAUUAUUAUUUUUUUUUUUAUUUUCAAAAUUUACCCUCUGAUGUUUAAAACAAAGUCAAAAGACCAUUCCGAAACUUUGAAAGAAGUCUGUUUAAGCAGAUGUAUACACAAGAUCAGCAGCCUGGAUUUCCAAUAUCACUGUUUCAAUAUUACAAGCUGUUUCAGAGUCAGCUCAUGAUGACAUUGCAAUAUUAUUAAGAGUUUAUUUCUCAGACAGCAAUGGCAUGUGAGUGUUUUGAUAUGAAAUAAAAGCUUUAUUCUAGAAGUGU